GUUACUUGUCUACAUCAACGAGUCGGUGGCUGGGCUAAUCGGAGUCUACCCCUUCAGUGAACACCUCACCACCAAUGUACUUACCUACACUCAGCGGUCCAUGAUUCUCAAUACAACCAAGGCGGAAAGAGACCUGGGCUACCAACCGUCACGCUCAGUGUACGAAUCGAUCAGUAUGAUUAUGGAGACACGCCAACGCAAUGCCAAACGAUCUCGGCCGAAUGAGACUGCGCAAACUGCCUUGGACACCACUCCACGCGGCGCUUAG